AUGAGCCAACCAGAACCAAGUUUAAAAAGUGAACGACGAAAGUGUUACGAAGCUCGAGACAAAUACGUAGACUGUAUCGAUAAGUUCUUAGCACAAGGGAAGAACGAGCAAGAAGCGGAGAAGGCUUGUCGGGCCGAACGGAAAGGAUUCAACGGUAAUUGUCCAACCUCUUGGGUCAACCACUUCAUCAGAAAAUAUCAAUUUGAACGAUAUAAGAAAACUCUCGCCGAACAAGGAGUAAACAUUGCUGAUAAAAAUGCGUUAUCUGAAAGAGUUUUCCGUUCCCUAUCCACAUCUGCUGCUUGGUUCUUCCCAUUUAUACCAUCCAAGUUUCAUCGUCCGAUGCUGGAAAUGGCUCCACAAUUCCAGUUUCUCGCAUCUCCAUCUGAUCCGGUGUGCAACGAGAAAACAACUCAGUCUCUGCUUGCAGAAGUUUUACGGUGCCACACAUACUUUGAUGAAACUGUUUUCCUCAACACCUUGAAAAUUUUGUCGGAAACUAAAACCAUAGGAAACCGAACAGAUGGGUUGCGUCUUGCAAUGAUCCGUUAUAUCGGCAUUGUUUUCCAUUCUAUCAAAGACGAGAAACUACGAAAAUCGCUCAGCGACGUGGCGAACAAAGUAGACAAGUGUAAGAUUCCAACGUUCAAAGCCGAACAAGAAUUGUUCUUCGCUUCGAUGCAACCGUCCGAAAACAUCCCGAAUUUUGCGAAAUGCAUGCAUAAAACUGAUUUGAUAGUGUGCUACUUUCGACGGGAACUCGAAGCAAAAAACUGGAAGAACGUCAGGGACCUCAUCGCUCUUCAUCCGAAAUUUGUGCCUCUUUAUGAACAUGUUGACGAAUUUUUGAAAGUUGCGAAACAUCAGAAGGUGACUAAAGAAGAACUCUUGGAUGUGUUCAUGCAUUACGCUCAAGCCAACAACCCCUAUUUUGUGGAGGAAGAUGAUUUCAACAAAGUGAUGAAAAUAGUUUUCAAAUCAUAUAAUGUGACUGUCUCGGAUACAGUAUCUGACAUGAAUACUGUUAAGAAAACUUACAUUUCUGUGAAAGAAGCAUCACUUCUGAAAAAGGCAAUUGAUGAGUAUGUUUAUAACUCCAAAGAGGGAUUCGUCAAAUCAAAAGAAUACGAAAAAGUCGCGGUUCGAGUCCGGGAAUGGAAAAAGGCUAGGAAACUGAAAGAUGGCAAGAAUGUGGUUGUGGUGGAUUCACUCAAUUUCGGAGUAGGUCGCGAUCCUGUCGAAUGGAAUGAUAUUUCGAAUCAGUUCCAACAUGUUUUAUUUGCUACUCGUUAUCCUCCAUCAUUAGUGAGAGAUAAAGUUAUCAAGCGAUAUGAUGGAAACGCUCUCUUUUGUGAUAAACUAUCGGCCGACGAUCUCAUUAUUUUGAGGAUGGCUCUCGAAUUCGGACCCCAGACAUCUCUAGUCACCAAUGAUCAAUACCGAGAUCAUCGUAGAGCAGUGUGCAAUUUAGAUCCAAUCUUGGAAAAAAUUUGGGAUGAUUUUUUGAUCGACGCUGUCUACCGACAUAAGGAUAACUGUAUCGAGCCCCGAAGAAGUUAUAAUCUUCGUGUGAGAAAAAUCAACGAUCGGUGGCACAUUCCAGUCUUAAACUUCGAAGGUAGUUCAGAGAAUAUGAGGAAUCUUAAAAUUUACCGCAUUGACACUUAG